AUGAUCAAAGCAUUAGCAGCAGUUAAAAAACAAAUUGAAGAAAUAAAUGAAUAUGAAAAAAGAAUUGGACCAGAUUGUAAUUUAUCACAAUUCCAAGUAACAUUAGAGAAUUUUAAUAAAUUAAGACAAGCACAAAAUGCAGUUAUAUUAGCUAAACAAAGUAAAGCAAAUAGUGGUAAGAUAGUUGAACCAACCGAAGCACAAUUGGUAGCCAAUUUCAUUGAAUGGUUAAAGGGUAAAGGAUUUGAUGAAAGUAAAUGUAAAGUAAAGAUUGAUAGAAACACAUCAGAGGGUACUGGUUUAGUUGCAACUCAAGACAUUAAAGAGGGAGAGGAUUUUGUAGAGAUACCAAGCAACCUUUUCAUUACGACUGCAGUAGCAUUCCAGGGAUUGGGAAAACCACCAAUUUUAGAGAAUGACCGUUUAAUUCAAUCGAUUCCAGGUAUUUUAUUAUCAAUUUUUUUAGUUAAGGAAUUGUCCAACCCAACCUCUGAAUGGGGACCAUAUAUAAAACUAUUACCAAAACAAUACAACACCGUCUAUUAUUGGGGUCUCAAGGAGUUUACCCAAUUCAGAGGCUCACCAAAUUUAGAGUAUGCCAUGAGAUAUGUUCGUGGUGCCAUGCGUCAAUAUUGUUAUCUCUACUCAAUGAUUGAUCGUACUCAAAGUAAUAUUAUGCCAAUUUCAUCAUUUACAUGGGAUGCCUUUGUUUGGGCCAUUUCAACCGUUCAAUCACGUCAAAAUCCAGUCUAUGCAGGUAAUGGUAAUGGUAGUAUUAUGGCUUUGAUUCCAUUUUGGGAUUUCUGUAAUCACUCAAGCACCGGUAGCAAAAUCACCUCAUUCUAUCACAUGGAUUCCAAUUGUAUGACCAGUGGCGCCAUAAAGGAUUUUAAAAAGGGUGAGCAAGUUUACAUGUUCUAUGGACCACGUGAUAACACUCAAUUGUUAAUGCAUGCUGGUUUCGCAACUAAAACCAAUCUCCAUGAUUCUUAUCCAUUCGAAUUACAUUUGUUAGAAGGUAAUCAUGAAAUUCGUCAUGAUAAAGUUCAUCUCCUCGAAGAACGUGGUAUUAGAGAUGGUGUCGUUGUAAACUUAAAUCAAAAUCCAACCUCAAAUGAACUCCCACUCGAAUUGAUUCCAUUCUAUCGUAUCUAUGCCCUCAGUGAACAAGAAACUCGUGCAAUCGCACCACCACAAGUACCUGGUGAACAUAAUCAUCAUCAUGGCCAUCAACUCGAACUUAAACCAUUGGCUUUCAAAAUUAUCACUCAAGAGAAUGAAGAGAAAGCUUAUUCAAAUUUGGUUCAAGCACUCAAAGGUAAACUUGCUUCUUAUCCAACCACUUUAGAAGAGGAUGAACAAGAAUUGAAAAAGAAUCCACCUGCAAAUCAAAGAUUCAUUUUAUACACUAAAAUCAAUGAAAAGAAAAUUUUAGAUAGAAAUAUCAAAUAUCUUGAAUCUUUAAUUAAAAAAGGUGUUAUGAAUGUUACCUUCAAAUUACCAGAAUUAGUUGAACAUACUGAACAUGCUAAUCAUGAUCAUGAACAUGGUGAUAAUUGUAAUCAUGAAGAUCAUGGUAGUCAUGGUCAUUCUCAUGGUGGUGAUGAUAGUCAUGGUCACUCUCAUGGUGGUAAUGAUAAUCAUAAUCAUUCACAUGGUGGUCAUGGUCAUUCACAUCAACAUGGUGCAAAUUGUAACCAUUAA